AUGUCGGACUCGGAGGAGGACACUCCAGAGAGACAGCUGAAGCUGGUGGUUCUUGGCGAUGGUGCCUCGGGGAAGACAUCUCUAUGUACAAGAUAUACCCAAGAGCAGUUUUCCAAGCCCUAUGGUCAGACUGUAGGCUUGGAUUUUUAUCUGAAGAGAAUAUGCCUUCAAGGCAACAUCAAUGUGGCGUUACAAGUAUGGGAUAUAGGAGGUCAAACUUUAGGAGGCAGCAUGCUUGAGAAUUACAUAUUUGGGGCUCAUGCUGUCCUACUUGUCUACGACAUCACCAACUUCUCCAGCUUUGAAAACUUGGAGGAUUGGUUCAAGGUGGUCAGCAAAGUCUGUGGGUCUGGUCCUAUGCCUUAUAUGGCUUUGAUUGGAAACAAACGUGACCUUGAACACAUGCGAACUGUUAAAGAGGACAAACAGCAGAAGUUUGCUCAGGAACACGGUAUGACUAGCUACUUUGUGUCGGCCAAAACUGGAGAGUCGGUAUCAUUUUGUUUUCAAAAGAUAGCUUCGGAUAUUUUACAAGUCCGGAUGUCUAAGCCAGAAGUGGAGCAGCAUCAACGGGUCCUGAAGGCCGAGGUGAUCAACAGCAACAAUUCCAACUCUGCGACACCCACACAGCUGCACCGGCCACAACAACAGAGCUCCCUCUGUAACAUCAUGUAA